AUGCAGACGCUACUGGCCAGUUGGAUAAUGAGAGCCGAGCUGGAGGAGAUGGAAAAAUCGUACAAUGACGGCGGCAGCGACAACAAAGAGAACGAAUGGCAAUCCGUCCGGGCCGGGAUGGGUGGACACUGCGCUAAAUCGUCUGACUGCGAAUUGCAGACGAGGUUGGAUAGGUCGGAGAUCGAAGCUGACCUGGAAGAAGAGGUGCCAGAAGCACCCAAUGACAGGGACAGUCAACCGAAGGGAUGGCUCUCCCUUGGAAAAUAUGUGUUUUGGUAA